AUGUUCACGUUCAGCGGCCUCAUGUCAGCGGCGCUCAUGGGCCGCCAGAUCGCGGCUGCGGCUGUUCCUGCGCAUUCUGCGUGGCCUCAAUUACGAUUCACCCCAAAAGGCACUUUUCAAAUGACAGUCUUCAAUGACUUGCAUUUUGGAGAAGCGGAAAACACAGACUGGGGCCCGCUGCAGGACGUGGAUACGCUGCGGGUGAUGAAGACGGUGCUGGAGAAAGAGUCUCCCCAACUUGUGGUCAUCAAUGGAGAUUUCAUCACUGGUGAGAAUACGUUUAAGAAGAAUUCAACCGAUUAUGUCGACGACAUUGUUUCUCCUUUGGUGGCGCGCGGCCUUCCCUGGGCAUCGACAUAUGGCAACCACGAUUCAGCGUACAAUCUCUCUUCUGCUAACAUAUACGCGAGAGAGAAGACAUACAAGAACAGUUUGACAGGGAACAUGGUCAAAGAUAAAAAUGCCGGCGUCUCUAAUUACUAUUUGGAGGUGAUGUCCAAUGAUAAACGCGACUCUACUCCUGCCAUGAUCCUCUGGUUCUUUGACAGCCGAGGCGGUAACUACUACCAAGAAGAGAAAAAAGACGGCUCAGACGUUGCUCGACCAAACUGGGUUGACGAAAGCGUUGUAGAGUGGUUCGAAGCCACAAGAGUCCAGCUGGCCAAACGCUAUAAGAAGACUCUGCCUUCGUACGCAUUUGUCCAUAUUCCCGUCGGCGCCAUGUAUGGCUUUCAGCAGACCGAUGGCGUUGACGGGCACAAAGAGCCUGGAAUUAAUGCAGACAAUCCGCUUUCUCAGCAGGGAGUUCAAUCCCCACUAUACAACGCCACUACUAGUUUCGAGUAUACCGGCCAAGAUAAAGCGUUUAUGAAGGCUCUGCUAGAAACCGAGAAGCUCAUGGGCGUCUUUAGCGGCCAUGAUCAUGGCGAUGACUGGUGCUUCAAGUGGAAUGAAACCCUCACAUUCUUGGACCUGACGGGCAAUGGUCUCGUCUUCUGCUUCGGUCGCCACACCGGCUAUGGGGGCUACGGCUCAUGGACACGAGGGUCUCGGCAGAUUCUUGUUGAUAUCAAGGAUCUUGGCAAAUCGACCAAGACUUGGACGCGGCUUGAAGAUGGAAGCACUGUUGGGGCUGUGACGCUAAAUUCAACUUAUGGCAGCGAUGUCUAUCCAGCUGUUCAGUUGACUUAUACUAGCCUGGACAAUGAGGGAGUUCCAUCUACCACUAAUUAA